AUGAACUGGACGGGAGGCCAAUUGCAACGACAUGCCACUCAUCAGGGUCUCCUCUCUAAGACCCAACGGCAGCAUUUUGCACGCUCUCGUCAGCUGGCUGGCAAUAAAAGCCUUCGCCAACCCUCGUCGUUGCAUGCAGGACCUGAUUCAAACGGUCCCGGUGAUGACUCGAUGACCAGAAAUGGACAAGAACCAGCUCAAGAAGAAAUCCCGGAUCUGUCAGUUCGAAACGGUCAAACACUGCAGCUCCAAGUCCUUGCUUCUCAUGUGCGCGUUGGCGAAUUAACAUCUCCUCGUACUGACUCGGCGCUCGUCGCAUGUUGCAGGUCCACAAUCUCGAACCAAUCCACAAUUCUUAAAGAAAUAAACACCGAUCUGGACGCUUUAAAAUAUCAGCUCUUGCAAGAAACGGAUUGGGCAACUACAUCGGCUGCACGCCCGCUAGAGAUUACCUUCACGCCAGUUGAAGACAUCGAGCGGUUUGGGAAACGUCGAAGACUAAACGACGCAGACCGAAAGCGACUAUCGACUGAUUUAAAAAGCCACAUUCCUUUGGCGUUUUCAACCUCAAACUGCAAGGCCCGAGGUAUUUUACCCUAUGACAAUCCUCGCCCUCAGCAGGUCCAGAUUCCAACACACGGAGAAGGUACUACGAUGGAGUCCAAUAACACCCGAGAUGCGUCGACGAACAAAACCUCAUCUCAUUCAAUGCUUCUGCAGCAAGAUGAGGCUACGGUACCUCGAACCCCAUUGGCCAAACCCCCAGCAGAUUGGACUCCUUCCGGUAAGCCCGUCCUGAACAGAAGAUUCUGCAUCAAUCCCCGGCGUCAAAACCAAGUCAACUCCAGCCAAGUGGUUCUAUCGGCUCCUGUUUCCACAGGAUCACCAGUACCAAGGCGAUGGGGCUCUACUAUUGAUAAUCAAGUGCUUACCAACGAGAUAUGGUUUAACUCAAAAUCACCUUCUGACCAAUGGCAACCCCAUGAAACCCCUCGUAGACCCAGAGAGACAGUGUCUCCAUCACCCACUCUGAUUGUUACCGACAUGUUGUCUCCCCGUGAGACACCUACCUGGUUCUCGCAGCGGCUUCCCCGGCCAUCAAGGACUAACUAUGCUCCAAAUUCUCACCUGCAACGUCCUGGCGUAAUUCAUCUUCAAGAACCAAGCUCUCGUGUGGACUCCCGGUUUAAUUUGUCAAAUUCACUUCUGAGCAGCAUGGAUCCGUAUAUCUCAGCGACGGUCAAGAUCUUCGGGCAAGCCGUUUACGCACGCGAUCCCCAGGAUAAAUAG